CAAAUUUCUGAAGGAAAGAAUCUGAUUAAACAGCCUAGAUGCCUUUUCAACUUCUAGAUCAAUUAGCUGUACCCAGGGUAUGUUAAAAUGUCUUAGGUAUGCACCUUUCUCCUGUAUUUAUAGCCUUUCUCUGGGAAGAUAGAAUCACUGGUAGCUGGACAGCCACCCUAAGCAGUGUUUGUUUAUUAAUAACAAGUUAAUUAUGUUAAAUAACAGUAUUGAAAAUCAAAUUAUAAUAUUGAAGUUUAUUAUCUGGAUGGUUACAAUUAAUCCUUUUUCUUUAAGGCAGUGGUUUUGAUUAUCUUUUCUUUGGCUCUAAAAGUCUCCUUUGAAAAUAUGAUAAAGUAUCUUGGACCCCUUGAAGUUCUCCCAAGAACUUCAGAUUACAAGUUUCAUAAUCAAACAAUUUAACAUGCAUUGUUAAAUUCCUUGUAAAAUCUAGUUGUUCAUGCUAUAGCAUGAAAUAUCACAGAAUGGAGAUGAUUAUUUCUGCUCUCUUUGCCACAUCUACUGUGAGAAUGAAGACCAUUCUAGCAAUCAGACCGCAGACAUUCCAGAAAAUGUCAACAUCACUCUGAAGGGAUGCACUGUUAUUGUAAAGGGCUCCAGAGGAACCCUGUGAAGGGACUUUUCAGUCACAUCAAUGUAGGACUCAGUCUUGGAAAGUAAAAGAAGAGGCUCUGAGUUGACAAAUGGUGGGGAAAUAGAGAAAAACUGGCUAUUGUUUGCACCAUCUAUAGUCAUGUACAGAACAUGAUCAAGGGCGUUACACUGGGCUUCCAUUACAAGAUGUCUGUGUUCACUUCCCCAUUAGUGUUGUUAUUCAGGAGAAUGGUUCUCUUGUCGAAAUCCAAAAUUUCUUGGGUGAAAAAUACUUCUACAGGUGAGGCCAGGUGUUGCUUGUGCUGUAUCACAAGCCCAGAACAAUGAGUUAAUUCUUGAAGGAAAUGACAUUGACUUGUAUCAAACUCAGCUGCUCUGAUUCAGCAAGCAAUGGUUACACAAUAAGGAUAUCAGAAAAUUUUUGGAUAGUAUCUAUGUUUCUGAAAAAGGGACAGUUCAGCAGCUUGAUGAAUAAGGUUUAAGUUGUCCAGCUACAGAAACAGCAAGAUUCUGGAUGAUUUUUCAGACUUUUUUGUGAUAUUUUAUUUUAAAUUUUUUUAAGCGUUUAUUCACUUUUGAGAGACAGAGAGUGAGUGGGGGAGGGGCAGUGAGAGAGGGAGACACAGAAUCCAAAGCAGACUCCAGGCUCUGAGCUGUCAGUGCAAAGCCCAAUGCAGGGCUCAAACUCAUGGACCAUGAGAUCAUGACCUGAGCUGAAGUCGGAUGCUUAACUGACUGAGCCACCCAGGUGCUCCUUAUUUGUGAUAUUUUAAAGAUGUAAUAAAUGUUGUUUUGAUUUGGCUCACUGAGCAAUGGCCGAAUGAGUGAUGGCCGAAUGUCGGCUGCACCCAGGAACGCCCUCUGGACCCUGCUGCUGCUGGUGCCCCAGGACUGCGGCCAGGUGCCAGUCCGCCCCAGAAAAAGUUCGCGAGACAGUGUAGCAGCAGCGUUUCAGGGAUUAUGAAAAAUCACAACACACAUCUGGCAUCAGGCUUCACCCUUAACGACCUUGCCACAGUACCAGCGAAUGUGGCCGCCUUCUGGGGUCUGCUGGGACUGGGUGGCUUCAACAGUCUCUGCCAGGUGUCCUUCCAGCAGUGGAACCGCUUUUCCCCAUGUGGCCCGAGAACCUCCUGGACCCCACUCUGUUCCUGGGGAUUCGCCCUUCCCACGAGAGCACUGCCAGGUGGAACCGCUGGCAAGAUGCAGAUUUCCAUGAAAACUUUUAUGGGGAAGAUUAUCACUCGCGAGAUUGAACCCUUGGAUAUAAUAGAAAAUGUAAAGGCCAAGAUCCAAGAUAAGGAAGGAAUUCCUCUUGAUCAUCAGAGACUGAUCUUGGCUGGCAAGCAACUGGAAGAUAGAUGUAUUGAUUACAACAUUCAAAAGUAGUCCAUUCUUCAUCUUGUGUUGAGACUUGGUGUUGCUGAGAAAAGGAAGAGAAGUCUUUCACCGCUCUCAAGAAGAAAAAACAUAAACAAAGUUAAGCUGGUUGUCCUGAAGUACUAUAAGGUGGAUGAAAAUGGCAAAAUCAGUAGCCUUCAUCGGGAGUGCCCUUCAGAUGAAUGUACUGGAAUUCUUAAUAACAGACACUUUGACAGACAUUAUUGUGGCAAAUGUUGUCUGACCUAUUACUUUAACAAACCAGAAGACAAGUAAUUGUAUAUGGAUUAAUAAAAGAUAUGAACUAAAAAAAAAAAAAAGCUGUAUUGAUUUGGACCUUUCCUUAACCAAUAAUCAUUUCCAACUAUUUGGCAAUUAAACCAUUCAGAAGUUAAGAAAGAAAGAAAGAAAGAAAGAA